GGGUGGUGUAGAUACUCUGAAAUUGAUUGGAUAUUUUGAAAUGAAAUGAUAUAGUCAGAUCCUCCAUCACAGGUCACUCGGUUCUCAGUGAUUAGUACCAGGCACCGGAUAGCCUGCAGCGAUGGCCGGUCAGUUCCCGGGCAUGGGCGGCGGCGGCAUCAGCCAGAACAACUCGUACAUGAUGCAGCAGCAGCAGCAGCAGCCGGCGGCGCCGCAGCCGGGCGGUGUGGGCGCCUUCACCAGCCAGCCGGGCGAGGGCGGCUCGUUCGGCGGCCAGGUGACCUCGUACUCUGGCUACCCGAGCAGCCAGCCGGGCCUGUCGCAGGCCGCGCCCGGCGGCUACCCCAACCCGCCGGCCUACUCGCAGUCGGGCGGCGGCGGCGGCGCCUACAGCCUGGCCUCGUCGUACAUGAGCAGCUCGUAUGGCGCCCAGUCUCCGGUCUACUCGCAGUCGGUGGCGGCCGCGCGCCCGCAGAUGAGCGUCUCGCCGGCGGGGUUCCCGGGACCGGCCGGUCCGUACCAGCACCACUACCAGCAGGCCGGCUUCCAGCAGCAGCAACAGCAGCCGCAGCCGCAGCAGCAGGGCGGCUUCGCGCCGAUGCAGGGCUUCCCGAGUCCGCAGCCGCAGUUCAGUCAGUCGAUGCAGCAGCAUCAGAUGCAGGCGCAGUUCGCCAUGCAGCAGCAGCAGCAGCAACAGCAACAGCAACAGCAGCAGCAGCAGGGGCAGCAGGCGUACUCAGCUCUGCACCAGCAGCAGGCCAGCCUGCCCACGCAGACCAUGAUGACCUCCGCGGCCGGCGGCUCCAUCUCAAUGAGUCAGCAGCAGGCCGUGGUACCGACCGCCACUCCGACACAGGCGCAGGUGUCGGUCAUGACCUCACAGCAGCAGCAGCAGCAGCAGCAACAAGUACAGCAGCAGCAAACACAGCAACAGCAGCAGCAGCAGCAGCAGCAGCAGCGCGACUACAACGUGGCGACGCUGUGCCGCUACGCGCAGGAGCACCUUCUGGAGCUGGUCAGCCGCUGUCAGGAGCUCUUCAAUGUCCUCAAAAUGCAUCAGCCGCCCAACGGCACGCCGCAGGGGAUGACCAACAGUGCCGACAAGCAGAACAAAAUCAAACAGCUGCUCGAGUACAUCCGCGUCCAGUUUCGGCGACUGCGCGUCUACCACGAGCGCAUCUCAGAGUGCUGCGCCAGCUUCGAGUUCACGCCCGUUGAGGGUCUGAUUCCGUACAAGGACGAGCCGGACAGUAAGCUGGAGGACAAGAAACAGUCGGAGCUGUGCCGCCAGGCCACGGAAGAGUAUAAUGAGAUGAAGGAGCACGUGCAGCUGCGCAGCCGCUACCUGAAGGAAGUAAUUGACCAGCUGCGGAACAUCGUGUGGGACGUCAACACCAUGCUGGCCAUGCGACACCCCACCUAGGACUUCGUCAGGUUCUCCAGCUGAGUGGACUGCCAGACGGUCGCGUUAAUGGGCCACGUUCUCAACGGCAAGUGGAGAGAUCUCCCAUUUAUCAUUCUGGUCCGCUGUGACAAGCCAAUUUCAGCGUGUUUGGGUGGAUAUCCUUUCAAAAGGGGCAUGGUCAUCUGUUACAUUUUGUAUGCCAUGUAUUUGUACAAGUGACUGCAUAUAUGAAUACACAUGUUCAUCGCGUA